UGCCAGCCCUGACACUGUGGCUUUGCUGUGCCUGCAGAGCCAGACACUGCUUAUCAACAACAAAACUGGAGGUGCUGGGAGGAGCAAGUUAUGGCUUUGAAAGCUGCUUUUCUAAGAAUUGCCUGUUUGCUGUGCCUUGGCCAAGUAAGGAAUGACAUGUCCAGAACGUCAUGCUCUAGGUGUUCCUAGAAGGAAAACCCUGUGUGCAGCAGUAGCCAUUAUGCACAAACUACUUCCUCUCCUGGGCUCGCUUUGCCUUGUGGCAGCCCCUGAAGAAAGAGACAACACGUUUUUCUGAGAAAAUGUAACACACAGGCUAGCAAAAGCACUUCCUUAUGGUCUCCCUCUUCCCUUCAGCAAGCUCCUCUCUUGUUAAGCGCUUCCCUCCUUGAGUGAGUGACUGCCUUUUAUUUCAUUAACUAACUUUGUCUGCUGACUCAUGGAAAAGAAGAUCAGCUUGUCCCCUUCCCUCCUAGUGCUUCUUUCCCUGCCUCACAUCUGCAUGGGAAUCUCUGCUCCACUUGCCUGGAGCUCCUCCUUCCCCUCCAUCUUCACUACUGUGGGCUCUGCAGGGCAUUUCUCUCACAUGUUCUCCCUCUCUCACAGAUGCUGAUGCGCAGUGUUUCUGAAUCACAGAGGCCCUACCAAUAUCACCAAUGGGCUCAGCUUUGACCAGCAGCAGGGCCAUCUUGGAGCCAGCUGUGAGAAACAGCUACUCACUUUUCAUAGUUUAGGAAGGUUUAUUAGACCUUAUCAAAAAUACAAAUGAAGACUGAAUAAAGAAAAAAGGUUACAGUGCUGGGAGCAAAAGAUUUUCCCUGCCAUGUGCUCAGCACCCUCACAAUGGAGGUUUUUCCCUUUUUAACCCUUUAACCCCUCCCAAAGUUGUGUCCAUCCACCCCUUCUUCACUGUCCAGUGGUUUAGAUCUCUUCCUCAAAUCCUGAUUGGAGGUCAGAUGUCGCCAUAGUCCCAAGCCAGCUCUCCCAGAUGUGCCAGCUCCCAUUGUCCCUUGAUAACCACGAGAGGGGGUACAACAAAACUAUAAAUCUAUAAACAUUUCUUAACCUGUAUACAUGGUAUUUGUUUAUUAAUUGUGAGAGUCAAUCAUCGCAUUACUCAUCUAUCACAGCUGGAACUGGCUACUACCACCACAGGGGCAGAUUCUGGCAUCUUCCCUCAUCAGGCAGCCCUGCAGCCUCCUUGUUAUCAAAACCUUUCCUUGCAAACCCAGUGUAUCUGUUAUACAAUUGAUUAUGUAAGGAAGCUUUCUGGGAUAUAUGUGUCAAUUUAAAAAAGCCCCUUUGACUGUUCCUUUUGGCAUAUUUCUGGUUGUUCUGGUUGGGACUGGGUAAGUAGAUUGUUUAGAGGAGUAAGCUUAACUCUAAUAAGGCUGACAAACGCAAGUGAUGCAUUUGAAAUGUUUCUGUAUGGAACUGGGGAUGGUGUGGCUAGAUCCUCUCCCUCCAUAUCUUUGCGUGGAUCAACAGUUGACAGUUUUCUAGUUUUCUGAAGCAAAAUGAGCUGCAACAAUAUUGGCCAAAUGGCAUGCAUCUCAAGAAAGAGCUCAUCCAGCAUGAAACCGUGACAGAAACAGUGAUCUCCAGGUUCUUAUCUUGCUGUGGAAGCGUUUUCUUCCUUAAAAUAAGCCUCACGAUGAACGAAGAGGUGAAACAGCACUGCUGAUCUCGCACAUCUCUGCAGGGAUGUGCCUCAGUUCUGCAGGAAUGCCCAGCAGAGGGAGCCGCGUCCCUUCAUGUCGCUGUCCUGGUACUCUGAUAGCCCGUCAUCUCUAUUUAGGAGAUGAAAGAUGAGAGGCACGAAACUGCCAAAUUGCCAUUUGGUGGACACAUCUUUUCCACACUGAAUAAUUCCUGGUUAUAUUCUUUGUCACUUUAGCACCAACAGAGUUGUGAGUGCCAUUUUAAACCUGCAUAAGGGCAGUGGAGAUCAAGCAUCAACACUGCCAGCAACAGCCAGUAACACUGCCUGUAAGAGAAGAGUUUGUUUCUGGUUUUAAUUCCUAGUUUCAGGUUUUGUAAGCGUUAGUACCCAGCAGAGCUUGGCUGUCAUGGCUUGACUCACACGUAAAACUUUGACCUGAUGUCACACUGCCCACUACGGCCAAGGAAAGCCAUCCACUGCUACACAAGCAAUAGUUGUAGAUUUUCUUUGUUCACAGAAAUUUAUCCCUCUGCCUUUGGAGUGAUAGUGAGUGAAGGUGGACAUCCAAAGGGUUUGAGAAAGACAACAGACCAUUCCAUAUUGAAAUUCUAGCAGCACAUCUAUGGACUGAUGCCCAAUGAGACACUGGAACUGCAGAGCAGGUACAGCAGGUGCAGGACAUGCAGGUGGGAGACAGGAACACUUCAAAGACGUGGAGAAAAUUGCAGAUCUCUUCCACUGGAGAAUGUCAUACUGAGGAAAAGCUAUUUUAGGACUGUGCACUGCUACAUUAAGGACCUUACCUGUGACUUGGCAUUGCAGCAUAAGCUAAGACACAGUGCUGGAUUAUGGAGAAGAAUUUGACAGACCUGCUGGGCAGCGGUGGCUCUGAGGACAUAUUGAUGAGUUACACCUCACCAACACCUAACUCCUCUGCAGCCUAUGAAUAUGCCUUCUACUACUCAGAACUAUACAUCAUCUGUCAUCCUGAAGGUAUUCCAGCAUUUGCAUCUACCUUAUUUCCAGUGCUGUACUCCAUACUGUUUGUGGCAGGCCUCAUGGGAAAUGCUUUGGUUGUUUGGAUUCUGACAGUCUCCAUAAAAAUCAAGACCAUGACUGAUGUGUAUCUGCUGAAUCUGACUGUCUCUGACCUCCUUUUGGUAUUCUCUCUGCCCUUCUUGGUUCAGUACUCCAUUGUGAGCCAGUGGACUUUUGGAAAUGCACUGUGUAAAAUCAUCAGCUCAGUUUACUUCAUUGGUUUCUACAGCAAUGUCUUCUUCAUAACCAUCAUGAGCAUCGACAGGUACUUGGCCAUAGUCCACUCCCUCCAUGUCCAAGGGAUUCGGACAACUGCUGUUGGGUUUAUCACCAGUCUGGUCGUUUGGGCAGUUGCCAUUUUAGCAUCAAUGCCAGACUUACUUUUUUUCCAGGAAGUGAAUGACAAUAACCAGAUUAAGUGCCUCCCUCACUAUCCUGGUGACAACAAUGGCUGGAAGAUUUUCAGUAAUUUUGAAGUCAACAUCCUAGGGUGGCUAAUCCCUGUUGUUGUCCUCAUUUUCUGCUAUCACAGCAUCUUGAAAAACCUGCAGAGGUGCCACACCAAGAACAAGUACAAAGCCAUAAAACUGAUUUUUAUUGUUGUCAUUGUGUUCUUUCUCUCCUGGACCCCUGUCAACAUUGUGCUGUUUUUGGACUCUCUGAGGAACAUGUCCAUCAUCAAUGACUGCCAGACAAGCCAAAGGCUAGACCUAGCCGUGGAGCUGACUGAGGCACUCUCCUUUGUCCACUGCUGCCUCAACCCAGUCAUCUAUGCUUUCGUGGGUGAGAAGUUCAAGAAACAUCUCUGUGACACUUUCAAAAAAUCUCCAUGUUUGCUGUCAAACUGCAAAGGCUACGGGGCUUUCAGUGGGCGCAGCCUGGACAAGCAUUCCUCUCUGCACACAAAGUCCUCACAGCUGUCUUCUCUUGGCACUGUCUUGUAGAACUACAAGUCCAAAAAUCAUCCUGACACCUAAAAUUGAGAAAUCCUCAACUGUGCAUCCACAGCCAUGGACUGUUUGAGCAACCUUUUAGGACAUAAAAAGUGGAAGCAGCUGCUUGAUUUUGCUUUUAUCAUGGUUGCUUUUGGUGUUCUCACUUUUUAGAGGUUUUUUUUUCAGCAUCAUCCUCCCUUUUCCUCGGCGCAUCCUGCCUUGCUUGCUUCGUGAAAUUACCAGCAGACUCUCAGACUGCCAGAGCAACAUGGAGAGGUACCUUACAAACAUACCUUACCCCCUUCAGACUCAGUACUGAAAAGAACUGUUUAUGUUUCCAAACCCUGGACACCUGGCCAUUCCUUCCCUCGUCUCAGCAGAGUGUGUUGGCUUUGUGAGCAGGAUGGGACUCGCUGCAGGAGUGGGAACCUGCUCUUUGGAGGGAAAUGGGGCCCAAGCUUAAGGUGUCAUGCCAGGGCCUGGCUCCCAGUUGACAGAUCUGAACAGUGCUUCCAGCCCCAGAAGAGUGAGUGAGUGAUUGGAUAAGAAACUGAGAAAUAAAUGCUGUCCAUGUUUUUGUAAAACCAAUGUGAAUUAAUAUCUAGGUAUGAUCCUGACUCCCCAUCUGCUACCAGGGCCUGCAGCUUCUUGGCUGGAAGGGUUUGAAGCUGUAGCUCAGAAAUGGUGCUGUGAAUAUCAAGGAACAACCCCUAUGGGAGUGAAUGAGUGCAGUAGGAAUGGAUGUAGAAAUUGUUACCAGGAAAAAGGCUGAAGAGUGGAAAAAGUAGUGGGUGUAAGCUGUCACAUGUCCCUGUCAGGGGACUUUCUGAAUGUUUUUGAACUUUUUGAACUGGUAACUGGUAUGCGAGUGUGGUCACUGCUCUUGAGCAGGCAGCUGGGGUUGACAUUCCAGUUAUUGUUCCAACUUGGAAUGGCUGAUAUGUGAAUGGCUACCCAUUCGUAUAGAUAUAUCUAUAUGUAUCUCUAUAUAUAGAGCUAUGUACAUAUACUUGCAUAUCUAUACUUGCCCAUGUGUGUAUAUAUACACAAAUACACACACACACAUAUAUAUACAUAUAUAUACUUUUAUAUGUGCAAAUAAUGUUAGAUAAAUGCAAUGGUUUUCUAAAGCUUUUUGUUCUCUUCUAUUUGUCCCCACAAGAUAUCACAAUAUUUUAAGUUUUAUAAUAAAGAUACUGGGUGC